UAGGUAGAAGAUCUUCGUGCAUAUUUUCGAGCAGUAGCCUGUGUUUAUUUCAUGUUAUAACUCCUGCUCGACCUCCAUUUUUUUUCUUUAUAGGCAAAAAAUAACGCUGAUUAUUACCUGUGACUUCAGUGAUGAAGGGCCUCAGAGCAGAGAGCGGCACCAUGGAAGUAACAGACGAGAGCGUUACAUCACCCGCCGAUCCAAACAGUGACGACCUCCCACCGUACCUGCGUGAAGAUCCACCGGAAGAUCUGGACAAGGACCAUCCAAAGAACGAAGGGGGCAUGGUCUGGAGAAUGACAGGCGGCCUCUUUAACCUGACCAAAGGAGCGGUGGGCGCUACCCUUGGUGGAGUGGCCUGGGUGGGCAGCAAAAGCUUCGAGCUGACCAAAACGGCCGUGACGAGCGUCCCAGCAGCCGGCGUGGGAUUGGUCAAAGGCAGCGUCUCCGUGGUAACCGGCGGAGUCGGGGCGGUCGGCUCAGCCGUGGCCAGUAAAGUCACGACGAAGAAGAAGGACAAAUCGGAUUAGCGCGGGUGCACACUCACUCCGAUGUUUCCGUUACUGUCUGAGCGGGUGUAAGGUCACCGUGUUGGGUUUAAGCGUUACCAAACAGUACAUGAUGCUGAUCGAGAUUAAAUUUCUGGACGAAGUUGCCCUCUUGUGCCUCGACAAACACGGUUAGCACUACACGCGGCAAAAAAGGGCAACUUCUGCAUUUACUGCUGGUGCGUGUUUAAUGAUCGGGCUCUCCCUCUGUUUGUCUGUUUUGUUUGUUUAGUUUUUGCUUUGCUGGUGUUCUAGCUGAGGGACAGGUUUGUUCUAUUUACACUUUUUUUAUGGGGUAAAAAAAAAAAAAACAGAUCCCUUAUAAGUUACACUUACAAUCCACAAGAUCAAAUGUGAAUAUACUAUGUGGCGUAUUUGUACGUUAGGAUCAAUCAGUGUGAGAUCAAGUAUUACCUUUUUUCCCGCUUUUUUCUUUCUUUCGUGAAAUUGUUUCAUAAUGAUUUACUAAAAGAAAACUAGAAGGGCACACACACAAUUACAGAUCCCAAGAUUUAAAAGCAUCUCGAUCAGGGGCCGUGUAUUAAUCACUUAGCUGAUCCUUUCCGUUCCACUUUCGCCGUCUCGAAUGUCCGUGUCAUUGUCUGAAUGAAGGAAUGUCGCGACAAUGGCAUUUCCUAAGAAUCCUGAACCGCACGAUACAAAUGCUGUGGGUUUUUUUUUUUAAAUGGGAUAUUUUUCUGUCAGAUCUGCAAUGAAUGAAUUAAUGAAUAAGGAGACGCAGGAUGUCAUUUAGAUGCUUUUUUCACUCAUUGACACUAAAAUUAUUCAUCUUCACACUGCAGGCAAAAAAAAGUACAUGGAAAUAGCACUGUGGUCUGGUCUCCUGGAUAUGAUAUUUAAUAGACAAGAAAUUGGGUAUGAGGGAUGCAUGGAUGAAUGGAUGAAUGGAUGGUUGGAUGGAUCGAGAAAUUGGGUGUGUGGAUAAAUAGAUGGAAGGCAGAAUGGAAAACUGGAUUGAUGGAUAAAAGGGUGGGUGGGUGGACAGUUGGUUUGAAUGGGAAUUGAAUGGGAAUGUGGCUGGAAUUUGGAAUUUGGUGGAUGGGUAAAACUAUGGAUGGAUGGAUGGAUGGAUGGAAAAAUGGAUGGAUAAAAAUUUAAGUGUAUAGAAAGAUGGAUGGACAUAAAUUUGGAUGGAUGGAUGGAUGGAUGGUUGAUGGUUGAUUGGGUGUGUGGAUGUAUAGAUGCAAGGUGGAAUGGAAAGAUGGAUUGAUAGAUAAAUGGAUGGGUGGGUGGAUAAUUGGUGGAAUGAGAAGGUGGCUGGAAUUUGGUGGAUGGGUAAAACUAUGGAUGGAUGGAUGGAUGGAUGGAUAAGAAUUUAAGUGUAUAGAAAGAUGGAUUGACAAGUAGAUGGAUGGAUAAAUGGAUGGAUGGAUGGAUGGAUGGAUGGAUGGAUGGAUGGAUGGAUGGAUGGACGUCGUCUCGAAUGUCCAUGUCUGACUGAAUGUUGUGACACAAUAACUAGUGAUAUUUUCUCUGUCAGAUCUGCACUGAAUGUAUGAAUAAGGAGACGCGGGAUGUCAUUUCGCCGCUUUUCAUCAGUCAUUAACACUAAAAGUACAUUUGAUUCUCGACAAUCGUCUUGAUUUUUUUUUCUCGUUGGGCAGCACUUACAUGGGAUAGUUAGCCAAUAAAAAAAAAAAAUUGAGUGAGGACCUUACGAUAUACCAUUUAUAUAAUAUUCUCCUGUUAUAUGAAAAAGCGUUAUGCCUCGCACAUCUAUAGUUAACUCCGCAAGUGUGUACCAGAUACAAUCCUUUCAUUACAAUAACAAAUCCAAAUGUCUUUUCAGUGUUCCGCGUUGCAGUCAGGAGUCACAACGGUACAUUUACGAGUGGCUGUUUACACGUCCAGAGCCCACGCUUACACAAUGCGUUUCAACUGAGAUCUUAUACUAUAGGUACAUCUGACUGGAAUAUUAAUUAGCUCGGACAGAUGCUGGAAAAUUUCCAAAAUAUUGACUACGAGGGAAAUGUGAGUGAACAGAGUACAGGGUAACGUAGUCACCUCAUGUUUAGACACUUUGUCGAGCAAAAAACAUCACACUUUUAUUCUCCACAGUCUGUAUUAAUGCAUGUCAGUUGCCAGUUUUGAGUCUUGGUUUACUCGGUCGUUGGCGAAGAACUGCAUUAUAUGGACAAAAGUUCGUAGACGCCUAGGCCAUAAGAUUCCUGUGCUGUUUUUUUGGACAUCAAUCUGCACAUUUAUCCCCAUUUUUCGUCCACUCUUCUGGGACAACGCUCCACUAGAGUUUGGAGUGUGCUUGUGGAGAUUUGUGCUCAUUCAGCCACAAGGGUGUUAGUAAAAAAAAAGGGUGCUUGGUGGUUAAGUUGUUGGACUUCUGAUCAGAAAGUUGUAAGGUCAAAUCCCAUUACCACUAAGCUUGCUCAUUUGUGUGAAAUGAGAUUUUAAGUCACUCUGCGUAAGGGCUUCUGCCAAAUACUGUAAAUGAAGCAAAGUCAGAUACUGAUGUAGGGUGAGGUGAGGAGGCCUGGGGUGUUCAAAUUCAUUCCAGAGGUUUUCAAUACGGUUGGAGCUCUAUAGCUGACCACUCAAGAUUUUCCAUUCCAAACGAUGCAAACUGUUUCCUAAUGGAUCUUGCUUUGAGCACUGGUGCAUUAGCAUGCAGGUUUAGGUCUCCUAGGUUUGGAUCUCCUAGUUCAAGUGAAGAAAACGUUUAAUACUGCCACAUCCAAAGACUGUGUGUCCAACACAUCCAAAAGUUUGAGGAAGAACCUUUACAUGGCAGGAAAAGUCAAGUGUCCCAAUUCUUUUGUCCGUAUAGAGUAUCACUCGUCUGAUGGACUUGAUGAUUUUUGUACUUUUUCUCCCUUGUCUUUUGGGGGGCCGUAAACUGAGAUCUAUCGAAACCGCAGGCCAAAUACUUAUCUGUAAAGAGAGAUAUACAACCUAAAGACUAAACUACUACUGCUGGGCCCCUGAGCAAGGCCCUUAACCCAACCUUAAUUGCAUCUGGCCUUAUUUGUAAGGAUAAAAGCGCCAACCGUAAGAAGAAUAAAUCGUCAACGUGCAACGAGAGCCCGAAGCUUACAGAUUUAGUUUUGGGUUGCAAUUCAUAAAUGAAAUCCCCAUUGCAUUCACAUGCCUUUAUUUCUGACAGGAAAUGAGCUCAGUAUCAUAUCGCCUUACAAAACAACUAUAUUUAAGCAAGAGAAUCCUUUCUGUUCUGCAUAUGUGUAUCUCUACCUAUUAAUAAUGCUGUGUUGAAUUUUGUGUUACGUUUGAUUUAAUCUGCCAGGUUUACACGAGACCACGAGGUCACAUUUACUUGGGUUGUCGCUCACUUUUUGGGCAGUUUAUUUUGGGAUUCUUAGUCGAUUAGCUGUAAGCUUGGAUCCCCAUAAUGCAUUGAACUGGAACAGUAAUCAGGUAGAUCAUGUGGAAUGAGAUGUGGGUACAGUAUACUGUAUGGAAAUUGUCCUGUCGUGAAGGUUAGGAAAUUUCAGCCACAAAUCCAGUACCUGCCCAGUUUUUUUUUUUCCCUAUCCAUUGUAGUUUACAUACAACUUUUUUCUAGUUUCUCCUCUGUUGUGUCUUUCCAUACCCUUAUUCAUCGCAGUUAGCUUCUAAUGACUGCGCUGCAUGCUUCGCCGUGCUGUCUUCUCAUCUUUAUUUAUCCAUUUCCCAUUUCACUGAGAGACCCCGUUGUUUCGGGGGCCCUGGUACUCGAAACUGAACUAUAGGAAAGUAGUUUUUUUGUCUAUUAUAGAACUAUUUUUGCUAAAUUGAUGCUGUAUUCUACAAUUAAAGCAAUUCUGUAUUUUAAGGA